CACGAGGUGAUGCGAGCUCCUCUCGCCAUCCAUCCAUCCUCCUGAUCAGUCUGGCAUACGCUCCCUCAUCGUCCCAAACGCUCCCACUGCGACUUCGUACCCGUCUCCACUCAUCCUACAUUUCGUCUGACUUUCGCCUCCUUGCCCAGCACACUUUGGCCUACAAGCGAUUCACUCACCAGCAAUUCUGGUUGCGGCAGCAGAUCACAAGUCUGGCCGGUCUCAGGACCGACGUCAGCGCAAACAAUGAAGAAGGUUACUGGAAAGACGCGUCGUCAGCGGCGUUUGAUGGAUGUCAAGGUACUGUACUCCCUCGAGUCUUCACCUCACAAUGUGAUGGUGGCGUAUCCCGAUCGCCCGCUUGGUGUCGACAUAGAGAUGGAAAGCCGCGUCAGGUCGGCCUUCUCUGCAACUUCUCCUCCUGCUUCCUUGCCCACAUUUGGCCACAUAAGCCUCAAGGCAUGUCUAGGAGCCAUAUACCGCGCAUCACCUGAACUCGGCUUGGAUGAGCGCAAGGACUUCACUCUGUACGCUGUCGACCCACUAGAAUCCGCUAGGUCAGCUUCGCAGAGACAGCAUGGCUUGGUGGAUAAGGACUCUACUCGGCAACGUCUUGCUAGCAGUGGAGGAAGCGCAACGCCUGGUUCGUCGUCAUCGGCGCCACAAGCGGCACCCAUCAGCGUUGGCAAAGGUUUCUGGAGCUGGGUACUGGCUGAAGAUGGUGAAGGCACAUCUAUGGUCAUGGGCGUUGUACGCGGCCAGUACGAAGAGGAAGAGGAAUUAGAAGUGACUUUGAAGCUCAAGGAAGCUCCAAGACGAAGUCGCGAGCAAUACGAUUCGAUGUUGAAGUCGUUCUACCCCGGCAGCGCCAAGCCUACUUCCAGAAGACGACACGACUCUGGCGACGAAGGGGAUGAGGAAGGAGCCGUUCCGCCACCCCGACGGCGCCGAUUGGAAGAUCUGCGCACCAUGUCCAGUCCGCCGCCAAUGACCCAGCGGAUCGACCCUCGAAGGCCGUCUUUGUUGGGCCGCGGCAGCUCAAAGCAAGGGAAUGAUGUCGGGAUGUCCGUGUCACCAUUCGCGAUUCCCUCUGCGACGAGUAAAGAGAACGGCACCAACUCGUCUUCAAGCGAUGUGCCCGCGCUACAACUUCAGCUGCUCGAGCUGCUACGUGCAUUGCAAACUCAGUCUGGCCAGUCAGGUCAGGAUGCCAGUGCAACGGCUGGUCAACAGUCAAAUGUUAAGGGCUCUUCUCUGGAGACCUUGCCGUCUACGGAGGCUACGACGGUCAAAACCGCAGAUGCUUCGCAACAGCUCGCGCAGCUGCUUGGCUCGGCCGUGUCUUCCUUUGUGCCUCGGCAUCACGGCCCCUCCCAGGUGACUGCAGCUCCAUCGCCUGUGCCGCCGCGCCCUGGACCGAUUGACGGAACAUCACCUAUGGGUGAGCUCACCCCUGGCUAUUCGGGUGAGGACGUCCUGCGCGGCAAGUCGCCCAGAGCGACCUCCCAGACGCCUGCUGAGAGCAAAGAUCCUGAUAGCGAAUUGUCUAACACUGCAAACGACGCCGCGAAGGCUAGGCAAAGCAAGCGCUGUUACAAUUGUGGUAUACGCGGUCUUCGAAGCUGGCGUUUCGUCCAACUAAGCGAGGAAGACCGCGCCGACAUUGACAGUGUUGAAGGCUCUCAAGUGGAAGAAGACGAACAGGCGCGAAAACGGACACCUGCUGGCUACGAGCUUAGACGAGCUUGCAAUGCCUGCGGAAAGGCUUUUCUCAAGACUGGGCAACAUCGUGAGCCGAAGGGCGCCGACGUUCCUCGAUUGCCCCGGGGUCGUGCAUUCGAAGAAGCGUUGGCGAACGCGAUCGCGCUGAACGAAAUUAGCGACAGCGAGAUGGACGAGCUUGCGGCCAAUCAUCCUGGACUAGGCAAGCGAGCAAGAUCAGGCGGCCUUGGCCCACGAACUCUAAGUGGCGUGUGCGAAAGGGCCUCCAAGCGAACAGGUCUCGGACCAUGCCUAGCCCCGGACCUGGCAUCUGCGCGCUUCAAAGACUUCGUGAAAGACUCGCAAGGGCGUUGGCGAACCAAACGAAGCAUCCUGGAGAAUCCUGAGCUCAUCGCAACCGGUCGGCCUCCUGGUCGAAAGAACGGUGAGGCGCAAGGGCGAUCAGCUCAGCGCAUGGCAGCAGCGAAAGCUGUCAAGCAACGUGAAGAGAACGCAGCCAAGAUAAGCGCAAGCUCUCAGAAGCCGCCUACAGUCAAAGAGGCAGAUGCUGCAGAACAGCGCAUCGCUGCGACGACGAGCUCGGGCGCUCAAGCUGCUGCGCGCUCGCAUACAGAUACCGCGGCAACAUCUUCUUUCCGUGUGCCCAGGCCCGCUGGCGCUUCGGGACCUCAAACCAGUCCCAUCUUGCCUUCCGUAUCGGCACGUCUCAAUACGCCUAGGGGGUCAGCUAAGCUCGGAGGCAAAUCAGGUCCACCUUCUACGUCACAAAGCACGUAUGGAGCAUCUACUUUCCUCUUGGAGUCCAGUCCUGGCACUGCUUUGGAGACCCUUUUGAGUGAGGGUGAUUUUGAUUGGCAUGAAGUGACGAACAACGGCCCUGCUGUGCCGGUCAGAAGGAGUCCACGUAAAAACCCCAUCGGAACUCGAGCUGCCCACAAUCCGUUCGCGACCGAGCAUUCAGAAAGCACCACCGAUGCGAGCGAGGCGAAUCAUGUCGAGCUCAGUGCAGCUCACGAGAAUGCCGAGACGCCUCGGUCUGCCCGCACGUCUGGGUCUUCGUUGCCACAAAGUUUCACCGAGGCAGAAUUGUUCAAUCUCAUCACUACAAGUCCACUCACUCGAGGUCGUCUGCGGAGCGGGAACUACGAGCUGAUUUCGGAGAUCACGAAUGACGACACGAUCGACCCAACGACCUCAAGCGACCCUUUGACUCGCAGCAUCGAUCGCACAAGUCGCAUGCCCAGUAGCAGCACGCACACCACACCCGCCUCACAUCACAGCUCCAGCCCUUCACGAGCGUCGGAUCGUCUCACAAAGGGUCGAGUCGUCAUGACCGACAAGGAGCGCAUUGGAAGCGCGACCCGUAACAGAUCCCCAUCCCAGGCUCGAAAGGCUGCUCGUCAAGCGCGAGCUGCUCACGCUGGCGCUACGCUUGGCCCCUUCAUGGGCGUUGGACCAGACGAAUUGGGGUCUUCUGAUCAAGAGGACGGCUUGCCGGGCAUCGGCAGUCCGACGCUCCGCCCUGCGAAACGCAGGAGGCGGACCACACCCUUGACGACGGGUGGCAGCAAUAAUGAGCAGCCGGAUCGGACUUCGCGCCAACCAGGCGGGGAACGAGAACAGCAACACUUGGGCAGUCCGCAAGCUGACGCAGGCGACCAGACUGGCAUCGAAUCAAGUAGGACACAAGUGGCCUCGAGAGCCAUUCCCUGGAUCAGCGGCACGCCCUCUGCGCCCUUGAAUGGACCUCGUCCUGCUUCAAAUGUGGCGCCUGACAUUGACUUAUCCACAAAUUUUCCAGGCACUGCAAAUGUUCCCGCUGACCCUUCACCAACCGACGCUGGAAUGCGAGAUGACUGCACCACCCAUCUGCAGGUGCCGAUGACCAGUGCCUCGGCGUCCUUGAAGAUCGCCCGUCGACCGCUUCCAGCGACGGUAGAGGAUUGCCCUUCCUCGUCAGCAUCUUCCUCACCUCCGGAUGCCGUCUCGCCGGACUGGGAGGAGAUGGACUCUGCGUCAUUGCUGGAGCUAUUCGAUGACCCCUACGGGCUUCUCGCACGAUCCGGCAUAGGUGUCGAUGGGUCUGGCAUUAGCAUUGAUGCUUUCGGUGGAGGAGUCGAGAUCCACGACAACGUCGACUGGAAUCAAGAGCUCGACCUCUUUACGCAGAGUGGGGCGACGGGUGUCGCCGCGAGCAUGGCGAGCGGAGCUGUGGGUCGCAUCGGCACUAGCGGGGCCCACCAGAGAGUGGCACAUGAAAGCAAGGCUCCUCCAAUGACCCCAAAGAAGGGGACUCCAAGUAGAUCCGCUGCGAGUGGCCCGCCUCUCUCCACCCCCUCGAGGAAGGACACCUUGGUUUCUGCGCUUGCGGCUGGACAGAUCACCCCCAAGCGUGAUCUGAGUCCGAGGCAGAAGCAGCAAUUGGCUGCGAGCUUGUCGGCGACACCAGAUGCCAUCAGUGCGUUCUUCGCUUCCUUCGCCUCCAGCUCGCCAUCAAAGGUCGGGAGUCAAGCAUCAAAUGCUGCACCCACCAGUGCUCAGCAAGGCAGCAUGCCGGCACCCACUUUCGAUCUCUCCAAUCUGGCGUCUUUGCAUCAUGGCAUGGCGGGCAUCCCAGCAGCACCGCCAAUCGAUUUGCAAGAUCCUGCCAUAAAGGCUUUGCUAGCCAGCUUUGCGACCACAUCAGAUUCAUCUCUGCUCGCUACUGCACCGCGGACGUCACCGAGCAAAGCCUUGCCAGCGCCCUCUAGCAUCCACGAGUCAGGCUCACCGGUCGCUUCCACAUCAUCUGCAGCACUUCGGACUGAUCAACAUGCACCGUAGAGGCGAAGGCCCAUGCGCGAAAAAGAAAAGUCUUGUAGUAGUAGUAGAAUGCUGUCGGCGCACGCACCCUUGAUCGCUGCAUGCGUUGUACCAACAUUAAUACCAUGACCGCAUCAAC